CUUUUCUGUGGGUUCCCUGGUUCAUAUCAAAGCGAAGCUGCAAGACAAAUAUUUUCUAUGGCGAAAGAUGAAACAUUUUCUGUAAAAGAAGCCGUCCACAAGCUGCAGCUUUUCCUCCUCGAUGGCAUUCGCCAUGAGAACCAACUCUUUGCUGCUGGGUCACUGAUGUCUCAAAGCGACUAUGAGGAUGUAGUGACUGAACGGUCUAUCUCUGAACUCUGUGGUUACCCCCUCUGCAACAACCAUCUACCAUCGGAGCGGCCUGGGAAGGGUCGGUACCGCAUUUCUCUCAAGGAGCACAAGGUCUAUGACCUACAAGAAACCUACAUGUACUGCUCUUCCGGUUGCCUCAUCAAUAGUCGGGCAUUCGCAGGGAGCUUGCAACCAGAGAGAUGCUUGGUCUCGAACCCUUUAAAGAUUAAUGAGGUUCUGAAUUUGUUUGGUGAUUCUAGUAUCGAUGAAUCAGUUUUUGGGAAGAAGGGGGAUUUAGGGCUCUCUGAUUUGAAGAUUCAAGAGAUAGAGGACACCAAGACUGUUGGGGAGUUGUCGAUGGAGAAUUGGGUUGGUCCAUCAAAUGCAAUUGAAGGCUAUGUCCCCAAGGAUCGUAGCCAUUUCAAAUUUUCUCGUCUUAAACAGCAUGAUGAAGGGUCUAAAACUGGACGUCCCAAACCGAAGAAGGGUACAGAAGCGAAUGAGAUGGACUUCACCAGUGUUGUAACCAUAGGAGAUCCAUUUAACAAUCCCAAAACCUCUUGUUCUCCUUUAAUUGAUGGUUCUGAAUCUUUGUUUAAAUUGUCAAGAGAAGGGGAGGUGAGUAGUAAAGUUAUGGGUUAUGAAUCUAGCCCUCCGAAGGCAACCCCUGCCCCCUUCCGGAAGUGGAAUGGUUCUUUACCUCAAUUGAAAGAACCAAAAGAGGAAGUUAGUGGUACAACGUUGGCAAUUAUGUCAAGAAACCCUUCUUCCUCUUUUGGUCCCAGCCAAAGUGCUUAUAGUACCAGUCCUAGAGAAUCCAAAAGGGAAGUUGGUGUGGGAGAAACAACUCAAUCGAUUGAAAACACAUUAAAAUCCUCUUUAAAGUGUUCAGGUGCUAAGAAAUCAGUCCGCAAUGUUUCCUGGGCCGAUGAGAGAAAAAUCAGCAAUGAGGACAAUGGAAAAAUCAGCAAUGAGGACAAUGGCAAUAUCUGCAGUGGAAGACAGAUGGGGGAAGUGACGGAGCAUGCCGAGAGCUCAUCCGGAUUGAGUGUAGAAGAUGAUGAUAGUUCUGUAUGGCUUGCAUCUGCAGAAGCCUGUGCAGCUGCAUUGAGCCAGGCAGCAGAAGCUGUCGCUUCUUGUGAAUCUGAUGUGUCCAGUGCUGUAAUGGAAGCUGGAAUUAGGAUAUUGCCCCAUACACAAGAUGCUGAUGAAGAAAAUUCGGAGAGUGUGUACGAACCAGAGCUGAUGAGGUGGGCACAGAAGCCUGGGUUUGCACAUUUUGAGUUACAUGGCAAAAUGUAUUGUGAAUCCUGGUAUGACACAGUGCCAGAGGGCUUCAGUCUGGGUUUAUCAUCAUUUGCAACCAUGUUCAUGGCACUAUUUGGCUGGAUUACAUCCUCCUCUCUGGCAUAUAUAUAUGGACGGGAUGAAAGCUCCUGUGAAGAAUUUUCAGUGGUUAAUGGAAGGGAGUACCCUUGCAAGAAAGUCCUGAGUGAUGGCCGGUCUUCUGAAAUCAAGCAAACUUUAGCUGGUUGUCUUGCUCAGGCAUUGCCAGGCCUAGUUAUGGAUCUGAGGCUGCCAACUCCAGUAUCUUCUUUGGAACAGGGCUUGGGACACUUACUGGAUACAAUGUCAUUUCUGGUUGCACUACCACCAUUCAGAACAAAACAGUGGAAUGUGAUUAUUCUAGUGUUUAUUGAUGCUCUUUCAGUGUCUAGAUUUCCUGCACUUACCCCAUACAUGACUAGUAGAAGGAUGCUGCUCCACAAGGUGCUAGAUGGUGCAGCAGUUAGUGUUCAAGAGUAUGAGACCAUGAAAGAUAUUGUUCUUCCUCUCGGCCGGUUACCUCAGUUCUCUACUCAAAGCGGAGCUUAACCAAGAACAGAA